CUCUUGAGAAUAGGCAGGGGGAGGAAGAGUGGGGCGAUGCUGAAGUGGGCAGGGUCUGAGAGAGCAGCUGUGAUUGAGGGAGAAGCAGGAGUAUAAGUUCCCCACUUCCUGCUGCCAGCGUCACUUUCUAACCGGCCAGCAUCGAGCUUCAACAUCCCAUUUUUUCCCAUUGUUCUCUGACCAGCCGAUACUUCUCCAACAUGAGCCAAAGAGGUUCCUACUCCUUCAUGAGCCGCUCAACACCACAGUACAGUGCCAGCAUUCACGGUGGCGCUGGUGGAUAUGGAGCCCGCAUCUCCUCUGCCUCCAGGUCUUCCCUUCGCUCUGCUGCCCCAAUGACAUCUUCAACUGCCUACAGGGUGAGCAGUGGAAUGGGUGGAGGUAUGGGUGCAGGGUUCGGUGCUGCUGGUGCAUCCGUGAAAUCCAGUGGUGGUGGUGGUGGUGCUGGGAUCCUGGGCAAUGAGAAGGGAGCCCUGCAAAACCUCAACGACCGCUUGGCCAACUACAUGGAGACGGUGAGGGUCCUGGAGCAGUCCAACAAAGAGUUGGAAAUAAAGAUUAGGGAAUCUCUGGAGAAGGGUGGUCCUGACAUGAGAGACUACAGCAAGUAUGAGCCAGUCAUCGAGGACCUGCGCAAACAGAUCUUUGAUAACAUAGUGGAAAAUGCUCGUUAUGUGCUCCAGAUUGACAACGCCCGACUUGCAGCCGACGACUUUAAAGUGAAGUUCGACAAUGAGAUGGCGAUCCGUCAAUCGGUGGAGGCAGACAUUGCUGGCCUGAAGAAAGUCAUUGAUGACACCAACAUGAGCAGAAUGAACAUUGAGAGUGAGAUCGAAGCUGUGAAGGAAGAGCUUGCCUUCCUUAAGAAGAACCAUGAAAAUGAGGUGAUGGAGCUGAGGAGUCAGAUCAGUCAUUCAGGUGUACAAGUGGAUGUAGAUGCACCUAAAGGACAGGACCUGGCCCAGAUCAUGGAGGACAUGAGAGCCAACUAUGAGAAGAUUGCUGGGAAGAAUGCAGAAGACCUCAAACGUUGGCAUGAGAACCAGAUUGCAGAUGUGCAGGUGCAGGUAUCUCAGAACACAGAAGCUCUUCAGGGCGCCCAGAUGGAGAAGGGUGACUUAUCCAGACAGAUACAGACACUAGAAAUUGAACUCGCGUCUCAACAGAGCUUAAAAGCCUCAUUGGAGGACACACUACGCAACACAGAGCUACGAAACAACAUGGAGAUGGAGAAGUACAAUAACGUGAUUAUGCGCCUGGAGGAGGAGCUGACCAACUUGCGGGCUAACAUCCAGCAACAGACCCAGGAAUAUGAGGCACUCCUAAACAUGAAGAUGAAACUGGAGGCAGAGAUUGCCACUUACAAGACUCUGUUAGAUGGUGGAGACUUCAAGUAAGAUUUAUAAAAACGUGGUGGUAAUGGUGGAGACUCCAGGAUGCACUGGAGGAGCUGGCAUCAAGCUAAAUUGAACAGAACUUCAACGGUGUUGAAUGCACUGGUCCAAUCAACUGAAGCCAACCAAGACCUGAUAGUGUCUACCCAGACUGUUCUCCACAAAAAGAAAGAAAAAUCCCUUACAACUGGGUAGCAAAUAAAAGUUGUUAAAACCUAU